AUGAUGAAAAAUACAAAUAACGAAGAAAAAUCAGAAAUACCAACGGACUCUUCUUCAGAUCGACCAAAUCUGAAGGGAGAUUGGUUAAACUUCUACUUUUUGAUAUUACUUUACACUUUCCAAGGUACUACUACAGGUUUGUCCUACGCUUUUCCCAUAAUACUUCAAAAUACGAAACUUGUAACAUAUAACGAUCAAGCUAUAUUAAGUUUUGUACUAUGGCCUUUUAGCUUUAAACUCUUAUGGGCACCAGUCGUAGACGCAUUACAUUUUCAGUGGAUAGGACGACGAAAAUCAUGGUACAUUCCUAUUCAAUUUUUAAUCGGGGUACUUUUUCUUUUUUUCGGCGAUAACAUCGAUAACUGGUUACCUGAGUCGGGAAAACCAAAUAUCAACAUGAUCGUGUGCGUAUUGUUCCUCAUUAAUGUUUUGGCUGCUACUCAGGACAUUGUAGUUGACAGUUGGUCAUUGAGUUUGUUGAAAAAAAAUAAUGUGAGUUAUUCAUCCACGUGUAAUAGUACAGGUAUAGCAUUCGGAUUGUAUAUUGGUUCCGUUUGUCCGAUUCUUCUUUCUUCUGAGUACUUCUGUAACAAAUACUUACGAUUCACCCCACACGAAGGAGGAAUAUUAAGCAUCAAAAGUUUUUUAUUAUUUUGGGGCAUUGUGUUUUUGUUUGUCACAUUUCUAGUCAUAUUUAAAAAAGAAAGAAACAAAGAAUUAGAAGAAGACGACGACCCUCUUAAGAUCAAUAUUAUUCAGAGUUAUGAUCUGUUAUGGGAUAUUUUUAAAAUCAAACAUAUGAAAUUAUUGUUAAUGGCUAUUCUGACGUCUAUGAUUGGAUUGUCUACAUCAGAAUCCGUCACAAAUUUGAAGCUUAUGGACGCUGGUGUAUCAAAAGAUGAUAUUAUGAUAAUAACUACAGCCAUGUUUAUUCUAAAAAUGUGUCUACCAAUUUUCGUAACCAAAUACACUACGGGCCCGAAACCGAUAAGUUUGUAUCUAAAACUGAUGCCAGCCAGAUUGCUGUGGAGUAUUAUUUUUGCUCUCCUAAUUUAUUACACUCCGCGUAUAAUUCAAGAUAAUGGAGUUGUGCCAACGUAUUAUUAUUUACUUAUUGGAUUUGUAUUCGCAGUAAACAGGAUAAUGGCCCAAAUCAUGGUAACUUGCAUGGUAGCAUUUUUCUCACGGAUUAGUGACAUUCGGUUCGGAGGCAUGUACAUGACAUUGCUGAACACCGUUCGCAGCAUUGGAUGGGUAAUUCCAAAUACGUCGUUUCUUAAAAUGGUCGACAUGUUAACGUUUAGUUCGUGUUCAAAUGACGUCCAAAAUAGUUGUUCAACGCCAUAUUUAGAAAAUAUAUGCAAUAUAAACGAUGGCCAUUGUGAAGCGGUUGUGGAUGGCUAUUAUGUUGAGGUAAUAAUUUGUCUGGUUAUUGGAUUCGUUUGGUUUGCCGUUUACAAGAAUCAUCUUAAAUAUUUCGAAUCAAAGGAUCGUUCUCAUUGGUUAAUAGAUUUGAAUCGACCAGGGACCGUUUAA